UGUAACUCCCCCGGUGUCGCCGGGGAAGGCAACCCACGACCUUUCCGCGGAGAGCGCGGCUGCGAUCAGGGGCGCGCGCGCAGCCUAUAUAUACGCUCGGCGCGCACCAACGUCAGUCAGUGAUCUAUACACAACCUCCCAACAUGAAACUCCUGAUCGUCGUCCUGCUGGUAGCGUACGCGUCCGCGGACGUGUCGCACGUGGUGGGCGGACGCACCGGCGAGGCCAACGCGCAAAUCAAGAAGCAGGAGCUGGACGUGGGCGUGGAGGGACAGUACCAGUACUCCUACGAGACUGAGAACGGCAUCUCCGGCAGCGAGCAGGGCGCGCCCAGACUUGUGCCUGGGUCUGACAACCCCGCGGAGGUCGUGCAGGGAGAGUCCCGAUACACCGCCCCCGGCGGAGAGGUCAUCCAACUGUCCUACAUCGCUGACGAGAAUGGAUUCCAACCUCAGGGUGCCCAUCUUCCCACCUCUCCCCCCAUCCCGGAGGCGAUCCUCCGCGCCCUGGAAUUCAUCCGGGCUAACCCACCGAGGGAGACGCAAAACUAAGCUCCUACAAUACAUAGCACCACACCAAGAAUACUCCACGAAAAUGCCAUUCUAGUAUAAGUGUAUUUGAGCUUACAUUUGCAUCUUUAACGUUAGGGUCAUUCGUACCAACGGGUCACCUGACAGUAAGUGAUGACAGCAGAUCAGCUAUUUCCAUACAAGAUAAACCAUCAAAUAAACCAUGCUGAAUCGCUUAUGUCAACAAUUUGAUCGAUUCGUUUAAAUUGAUUCACAAAAUCAUUGAAGUUAUUAAAUUAAACGACUGAUUCAAAUUAAUUGCAAGGAAUUGAAUAAUUAAUUUAAAUGAAUUGAAUAAUUGAUUUGAAUGAAUUGAAUAAUCAACUUUAAUGAAUUGAAUAAUCAAUUUUAAUGAAUUGAAGAAUUAUUUUCAAUGAAUUGAAGAUGAAAAUGGAAGGGCAAAAGGGACAAACCCAUAGAUAUUUCAUGUUUAUCUUGCGUUUCAUCGACAUUGUAGAAACGUUUGAAUUUUAAAUUUAAUUUCAAAGUAGAAAUGCGCAAGAUGAAGACGAAAACUCAUGGCCAGUAUAGUGAGUGCCCUACACUGUCAACGCAGUCAGUAGUUAUAGUAUACAGUUUUUGUUGUUAUCAUGGGGAACUAACUGAACAGAGGUCCCACGUUUGAUUUCCAGUUUGCACUGUUGUAGUACAACCCACACAAGUUUUAGACUUAGUCUGAGGGUACUUUCAAACAUGAUUAAAAACUAUAUGUUUUUUCUUCUCAAAAUACUCAAUGUUUUCAUAAUUUUAAGAGGUAUAGGGAACAGACAUCUGUGAAAUUGAUUUCUAUGAAAUCAAAACGCCAUAUUUUUUUAUAAAUUUGUAAUAUUAUUAUAGCAAUUGUGAUAUGUACAUUAAAAAUACAAUACAAAUAAAAGAUUUUUUUUUGUUAUUA